AUGGCGCUGACGCUGCGGCGCCGUGCGGUGUGCGCCCUGGCGCUCCUCGCGCUGCUCUGCGGCUGCUGCGCUUCGUUUGUGUGCGGUGCGAAUGCUGAGAAGGAGGUGGAUGUACCGGUGGAGGUGUCGUGCCCGGACACUAACGACAACAAGUUGCGUUGGCGCGUUGCCGGCAAGGGUCGCUCGGAGUGGAAGGAGUGUCCGCAGGCAGUGACGGAUGCGGGGAGCAGUGACAGCGCUGCUUACAGUAAUACCCUCUGCUUCGUGGCCGGAUCGGUAUUCCUGGGGAACUUCACGACGGGGGGCUGCUCUCCAUCCACCACAGAUGGGGGCACAAAUGAAGUUGUUGUGUUCACGAUGAACUGUACGGCGGCCGCAAACAGCGCGCUGCACAAACUGUCGAAGAGCGAAAAUGUCACCAUCAGUCCAACGGACAAUCCACUCGGCGGGUCCGGUGAUUGCAAGCUCCCAACCCCCAGCCAACCCGCGGCAGAAGUGGACUCUGAACUUCAACCGCAGGGGCAACAGCAACCAGCCCACCCACCACAACAACAACCGGCAGGUGCGGCAGCAGCGUCACCUUCGGCGCGAACUCAUGACGGAGAUCGUACGAGGAAUGGAGGCUCCACUGCUGCUGUUGGGGAGCAGCCACACAGUGGGGCGAGAGGCGGAAGUCAGGAACCAUCGGCAGAAGUUCCUCGGGAAACUACAACUCCAUCGGUUGGCACAGCGGCUACGCCAACACAGACGGCAGGCGACAGGGCAGCAGAUGGAACGACGACGACGACCACCCGCAGUCCGAGUGAUGGGAACGACGCGGACAGCAGUGCCAACAUCGCCGCUGCGUGGAUGCGUGCACCUCUCAUGCUGCUGCUCACGGCUGCCCUUGCCUGCGCCGCUGCGUAG